AUGUCUCCUUCUGCCUUUGAUAGCGAACGUGUGACGGCGCUCGUGAAGAGCAUAGGCGAGCUACACAUUCCAGAAGCGGCGAAUCGAGUUGUGUGGGUGACCAUCGAUUAUGUCAGAUAUCUCAAGUCGGACCCAGAGCAGGACGAGAGUUGGACACCAGAGAGACAGCGCAGAGAGCGGGAUACCGCGAAUGAGUUCGUCGAGCUGGUGACCGAGCCGAACGCCUGGAAGCUUGCCAAGCAGGUCGCACCAGAGCUAGAAGUAGGAUGCGGCACAGACAAAGUCCCCCCACUGUUGGCCCAUGUGCUCAAGAACAUCAAGUCGAAGGCACCGCGGCGUCCAGACAACGCAUGGCCAACCAACGAUGGCAUACUGGAGUGGGAACAAGCUCUCCGAGCUUCCGUACUCGAGGAGCGUGUUCGAUUCGUCGCCGCCAUGGCCGGACAGGGCAGUGGUUCUCGUACAGACGAGAUGGUACAGACAUUGGAAAAAUCUCGACGGGCCAAAGAGACCUCCGGCGGUGCUACAAACAAUCAGAAGAAUACAGAUGAGUCAAAGUACUCGAAGGACACGCAGGAUUUGGAAGGUUCGGAGGACCUAGAGGAUCUGAAGGAAUUGGAAGAAUUGGAGGAUCUGAAAAACUCGGAGGAUCUGGAAGAUCUACAGAAAUUAAAGGAUUUCGAUGAGUGGGAAGAUAUGUAUGCAUAA